GUUUGACGGCUCUAUUCCACAUUGGAAAAUUUGCUGCUCUGUUCUGGCUGGUAUCACUUCCACCCGGAGUUUGGCAUCCUGGCUAUGGCUAUGGCAACCUCACAUUCAGUACAAAGAUCUCGAGAACAGAACUUCAAAAGAAGCGUGAAAAACAAGGCCUGAAUGUGCCUUUGACAAUCGGCAUGGAUGACUUCGUGGCUGGGGUAUCCGCCGCCGACAAAGUGACAUGUGACAGAAUUCGCGGUGCCGUUGAUCGCAGCGAUUGGUACGCAGCCCAACAAGCCUUCGACGCUUCUGAGAAGACGUCGGCCCCCGUCUUCAACAUGCUCAUGGUAGCUGCAUUAAAACUCGGCAAUUUCGAAAAGGGUGUGAAGAUCUACGAGGAGCUUGAUCUUCGAGGUGUAGAAAAGACACUGAAGAGCUACUGCUGUGCAAUUCGGCUCUAUGCUCAACUUGAGAGGAAGGACGAGACAAUGACGGUUUGGGAUGAGGCACGUGCAGCGAAGUUGUGGAACGAUUCCGAGAGUGCAAACUCGCUUAUGUGUGCGGCCCUGCAUGCAGCGGCGCAGUUCGGCGAUCAUGCUUUUGCUACACAGCUGCUUGACAUGAUGCGGGACAGGGGAAAGGUUCUCAAUGUCCUUGACUACAACCAGGCCCUGGAUGCAUGUAAAAACUCGCUCCAACAUGAUGCAGCAAUCAACCUCUAUUCAGAAAUGGUCCGUGUAAAUGUAGCACCCAAUGUCAUCACCUUCGCGUUGCUCGUGGGUGCUCACAGUGGGAAGCCCCUGCAAAACAUUACGGAUGUCGCCAGCCAGAUGGCUCUAUAUGAUGUUGAACCGAAUGUGCCUUUUUUGGAAGAACUUGUGUCAGCCAUGCUUGGUGCACGGCGUCAGGGUCUCAAGAUCACUGAUCUGCAGCAGGCACGAAUGGUGGCUUCACAGUCACCUGCCUCACACCUGCGCGCUGCUCAACGGGUCAUCGAGCAUGUCGAGAGUAAAGGCGUGGAACUGAGCCAGCUGCUUAGGCGCUUCAAGGCUGCGAUGUCUUGGGGCCUUGAAAACUCGGCGGCUUCCGAGACUUAG